GGCAUUUUCCCCCUGCAGAAGGUUAAAGCACAACAACAACCCAUCAAUUCUUAAACAAAUCAAAAACAAAGAAACCACAAUCACUCGUUUCCCCAAAUUCAAUCCCAACCACCAAUGUUGAGAGCAUUGAGCACCCACAGAAGCCACAGCAGCAAGUAUGAAAAGCUAGUUGACAAUACUGAAUCUUCUUCAGCCGAUCUUCUGGGAGGUAGUGAUCAUGAGCUUAAAAGGAGCAAGAAAAUUCGAUUUCUAGGCUCCGGCGGAGGUCACAAGGUCUCUGUGGAGCUUAAAUUGCCAUCACUCCCGGCUGUGAAACCGGCGAUGAGGGUUAACAAAAUCCACCCACUUUUCAGCCUCUUCGAUAGAAGGCGCCAGAACAGGAGGAUCACUUCCAGGCCGGUGUUCGCAAGGUACAUCGAGUAUGUGAAGGAAGGAGGAUUCUGGGAUAAGAACUCCGACAUGCCUGUUAUGCAUUACAAGUGAAAAAGAUUCAUGCUCUCAUGUUUGUAAGAUAUUAAAAGGUUAACAUACCCUUUCCCAACAACUUGAGUUAUUGGGAUGAAUUAGUUUGUUCGCUAACAUGGUAGCAGAGUUUUGAACCAAAAGGUUAUGAUUUGAACCUCAUGAUAAUCCCCUAUUUAACAAGGUUUAGUAUAAGGAUGGUAUUACCAACCUGUGCAAACUAAAAGCAGAAUAGUAUAGCUCCAAAAGAAAUGAUAUGUUCAAUC